AUGGCGGCUUCUCGGAGCCACCUGGCUGCCGUUGCCACAAAGGCGAAAAAAUUUGACUUCAGUGGACAGGGACCUAGAGAGUUGGCGCAUGUUGGCGACUCGCCGUCUUUCACUGUCCUUCGGAAACUCUGUCGAACUCGCCAAGGCCUGGACAGGCUCCUUGCAUCCUACCGCGCGACUCAGCCUGCCUCUUUGCCUCAGCCCUCUUCCGCUGCAUCUUUCCACGACCCCUCGCUGGGGAGUGCCGAUUCCUUCAGAUAUCCCGGCAGGGAAACUCUUAUCUGCUCGCCCGACGCACUCGCCGUCGUCGCGCAUGCUCUCUGUCGCACUCAACUGAGCCAACAGUCUCCACCCUCCCCCAACGCAGUUGGCUCACACUCAUCGUCUUAUCUGCUAAAACGAGCGAAGCUUCUUCGAGGAAGUGUAGAGGCCGCAAAUGAGAAAAGAGCAGGAUGGACUAAACGCAGCUCGAACGCAGAUGCCGGCAAGGACUCGCGCGCGGACCUCUCUGCUCUUCGGCGUUGCCAAUCGUCAUCGUCUUGGACUGCUUCCUCUCAUGCGUCCUCUUCUUCAUCUACCUCACGCUCGCCUGCCUCGCCGUGCUCUCUGCCGUCUUCCUGCCCCCCCCACUUUUCGUCGAACUCCUCUCUCCCGGCGUACGGGUUACCUGCUGCGCCUGACUCGAAUACAGCUAAACCCGAGACCAGCUCCGGCCGCAAGGGAGCAAGAGGGGGGAACUCGAUUGCCAUCGAAGGCGAGUGUGGCAGCAACGACAGUGAUGUGCUAGCGACCAGCAUUCAGCACUUGCGAGGCUUCUUCCACUCCCCGCCGACGGCCUUCUUGUCGCCUUUAGCGUCGCACUUCCUCGUAGACCAGGCCCUCAGGCUCAUCGGGAAGGACGCUGGAAGCGAGCGGGAGACGCAGCGCCGUUCUGCGGCUCCCUCUUCACCGUCAGCGCCCCCUGUAUGCCCUGUUGAGCCUCACAGCCCCAGUGACGCGCAGAGUCCGCUGUGGCCUCCCCGAAGUACGUUCACUUCGUUCUCACCAGCAAACUACUCCUUCAUUCUCUUCUCGCUGUCGUUUUCCGCCUCGCAUUGCCUCAGCAGUGAGGCCGCUCUCCGUCUUCUGCAUCCCCUUCCUACUCUGCUGCCUCACUUCUCGCUCCUCGAUGUGUCUCAAGCGGUCUCCUUUCUCUCCCAGCUUCCUCGUCUCGUGCAGCAGAAGCUCCCAAGACGCACGACAGAGCCUCCGCUGGUGGUGGCUCGCGGCCUUCGGAACCAACCAGUCUACAGGGUUGCAUUUUCUCCUGGAGGACCAAUUACAACAGUUUCGUUGUCUCGUGCUGUAUCCCUACCUGCUCCGACUGCCUCCGCUGGAUCUCGCUCGCUCUGUAAAACCCGCGACAAGCCUUCGUCUUUGAGCGCACCUCCGCCGGCUCCGUCGAGCCCUCCGCGCUUGCCGCCGCCAGGGGCUGGGGCUUCCGUGGCUUGUCUUGUGGAAGUCGCAGAGCACGCCCCGGUCACUUUAGACGGCCUGUUGUCUCUCUUGGCGUCGCGGCUCUCUCCGGGGGUUUCCGCGACUGCAUGUUCGCCUCUGCUUCCGUUCGACCCGGAGGCUCCACACGUGCCGAUUGACGCCGUGAAGCACCUCGCUCUGAUUCUGUCUGCGUUUUCCAACCGCCACUACGCUCUCGCACCCACACUGCUUUCUCAUUGUCUCACGUCUCUUUUCCGAGAUGCUGCGGACGCCCCUCCGCGAAUCUGGCAGCCGAGACGCUUGACGUCAGCUCCGAAGUCGGGGCGCACUCAGCGAUGUGAACAGGGGGGACGACGAGAAGGAGAAACUACAGACAGGCCGCGCAGCCCCGCACAGAGCGAGUCAGACGGUCACAAUGCAGAAGCCUCUCGCAGCACAGGAAGUCCCACGAAGGACAGCCGUUCUUCUUCUGGACUGUGGAGCUCCCUUGCAGGAGCUGAAUGCGAAGGGAGGCAGGAUGCUGUGAACUCAGCCGCAGAGGGCCUAGUGGUGUCCGCCCCCUCAGCGGCCUCGCAGAAUGCUGCGAAGCAGCCUUCGAUUCUGUUCGGGAACCCAUGGCAACUUGCAGAAGACGCGCUUUCUUUCCCAGUAGCUGCAAAGUUCUUCCUCGCCUUCGCGACGCAGUGUCUGUUUCAAGUCCAUGCAACGCUUUUGCAGGAAUGCGGAACGAAUUACCACGUGGACGCCGCGCGGCGUGGCUCUGCCUGUCUUAGAUCUUCAGUGUCGUCGUCUCCUACAGUGUCCUCCUCAUCGGCGUCCGUUUUCCACUCGCCUGCUUCUUCCGCCUCUCUUCAGCGGCCCGUUUUUUUCUCUCCGUCACUCUCGCCUCUGUCUAGCCCUUCGCCUGCCGAUAGUCCUGCGAGCGGGUCUCCGCUAGGCUCUGAAGCACCAACGGGCUUUUCUGCGAGCCGUUCUCGUCCUUUCUCUACGCCUCGAGCUGCUGGUUGUGCGCUUGCUGAGAGCGUAGCGGCUGGCAUUGCUGCCUCAUUAGCUCUGUCCUCCGAGGAGCGGCACGGGUUUCUUUUUUCCCGAGUUGGCACGAUCGAGCUGAGCGAAACUCACAAGGCGGAAGGCAGACGCACUGCUCUCCAGGCGGAGGCACUAAUGCGCUUCCUACUGGUCGCAUCUGCAGAUCCUGCGGAUGGCGAAGCUAUCGCGGACUGUCUCGAUGCAGUGGCGACUUUGGACGUAGCCGUCAGGCUGAUUCAGCUUUCCUUGAAUUCAGCUAACCAGAAAUUAUGUCCUGCGUCACACCUCGCGGCGUAUGCUACCUUCCAUCCUCGGGCUCCGGGUCCGGUGGGUUCACCUUCGUCUUUCGCACAUUCGCGCGUGUCAACUGUUUCUUCGUCUGUCUCGUCAUCGUCGCUGACGUCUUCCCUCUCCCCUUCCGCUCCGUCCGCCCUUCCGAUCUCCAGCUUUUUCGCCCCUCCACUGCCGUCUGCCGCUCCCUCAUCCCCUUUGCCAGGCUCAGUUUCCUUCCCCUCGUCCACACGCAGCUUCCCCGACUGCUCGCCAGACGACAUGCGGCACAUCGCUUGCCUUGGAGCUGAAGCAGAAGCCUCUUUCGAGGGGAAAGCGGAGGCAAAGCAGCCGGAACUGCCAGCCGACGGAGAACUGGGAAAGGCCCGGUGGGUCGCGGCUGUCUGUCAGAAACUCGCGCAGGCAGGUGAUAUGUUGAGCAAGCAGGGGCGACCUCACCGACGGAAAUGUCACAGCAUGAGACAGGAAAAAGGGGGUAUGGGCGGCGGCUCCGCGUCUUCACCCGCGACAGGUGGGUGUUCUCCGGCGCGCCCCUGCCCUGCUGGGGUUGCAUCUGCUGGCACAUCCCCGCUUGCUUCCUCCUUCACCUCGCCUCGUGUGGCUCCUCGAUUGCCUCUGCAGUCUGCGCCCGAGGUCGCUUGCCACCGCUGGCCCCCUCACUGUUUCCUCCCCUUCCUGCGAGGCCGCUGGCAACUGCGCCUGGACACGAAGCCGUUGCUUCUCUGCUCGCUUCUACGCGCUUGGGCGGAAGACCCCAACUGGUCGACUUCCGCACUCUUCCAUCUUGUCUUCGAGGCUUCUUCACUUGCAACUCCUGCCGUUUCUCUUGGGGACACUGGGCUCCGUGGGGCGACUCGGCUGUGCGAGAUGCGUUCCGUAGCCUCUGGGUGUGAAAGUCUGGAGACACAAAUGCCAGCCGCCGCGCCUGAGGGCGCAGACAGACAGACGCGGCGUGGCGAUGCGAAGACGCUGGAGGCACAACAAGCGCCACACGGCCGGAAGUGCAGCCGCACUGGCGAAGCAGGGCUCGAGAAUGAGAUCUUGCGUGUGCAGACAAUACAGACGCCGUCGGCGAAUCAGACUGACGAAAAAAACACAGUCGAGCAGACAAAUGUAGGGCGAGCUCUGGACGCCGAUUCGUACCUCAGCAAUACAAGCGGUGGUAUGCGAAGCGGUGCAUUUUUCGCGCUUCUGAAUGCCAUUAAGGACCGCUUGCCGGCCGCGAAUACGGAAGACAACGAGGCUUGCGGGAAGCCCAGACAACGUGACAUGGCGAAAAGGGAAGGCAACAAUAAAUAUGGUACCCCAGCGAGGAAAUCAAGCCAGAAAUGUCCCGACAGAGAGAGGAAUAACGACCUUUCUGUUGGAAUCGAAGAACGCGCCGAGUCUAUUGAAACUCCGGACAAGGCUCUGGAGGCCGACUCUUCUUCCGCGUUGUCUCCCGUACUCCUUGCCUCGCCUUCGGCUGCCCUUCCACCUUCCGAUCAGUCUCAGCUUUCAUCUAACUCUUGGAGCCCUUUGUCUUCAUAUCCUCGUCCCUCGUUUGUUCUGUCCUUCUCUGCCGACGAACGAAGUCGGCGACCGGAAGGAACAUUCCUUCCUGCAGAGGUGGGUGCUCUUCUCGUCAGCGUAGUUUCUACUCGUUUCACCUUUAGUGACUUCCACAGUUUAGCGCCUUCGUCUUCUGUCUCUCCGCCCACCUCGCCUCUGUCGUCGUCUUCUUCCCUCUCUCCGCUUUCAUCUGUCGCGUCUUUCUCCUCUUCACCAACGAACGCCCUCCGGGAGCAAAGAGGAACGUGCCCUUUUCCGCCAGCGUGCGCUCGCAAGGUGCUGACUGAACUGAUAAAGACCGACGUCCCGCUCUACGUUGUCGAGCAAGCAGCCAGCUCGCUGGUACACUCAGUGCUCUCAAGCAUUUACCGCGUUCUGAGUCUCCUCCGCCAACGGGAGCUCGCUGACCUUCGCGUUGAACAUCUUGUUAAUCUUUUUUUCCUGCUCGAGAUCAUGCUUUUGGAGCGCUGUCAUGGGGUCAUCCACGCUGAUGGCAGCUCGCCUCGCGAUCCAGACGCUGUUGAGUCUCGCGGCGGAAAGCUGGUCUGUCUCUUUCAAGCGCUGUAG